CAGAGAAGCAAACCCACUGGAAAGAGACCUCUCCAGGGCUGCCUGAGAAGGAGCACAAUUCUGGAAUGUCCAGGGGAAGAUGUUCCCAGAGACCAGACAACUUCAUGGGAUAUCUGGAACUCAAGGGAAGAGCAUGAGGAACCACAGUGAAGGUUGUUCCUUCAAAGAAGUUGACAGCCUGAUGAAGACAGUGCAGAUGGGCGUCCACAUCCCUACUUUUUUCCUGGGUCUGUGCCUCAACCUGCUGGCCAUCUACAGCUUCACCUCCUUCCUGAGAAAGUGGCAGGAAGAGUAUAGGGCCACUUCUAUCUACAUGAUCAACCUGGCGCUCUUCGACCUGCUGCUUGUGCUCUCUCUUCCUUUCAAGAUGGCACUCUCCCAGGGCCCUGUGCAUGCAUCUUCCUUCUGUACCGUGGUCGAGUGUCUCUACUUUGUCAGCAUGUAUGGAAGUGUCUUCACCAUCACUUUCAUCAGCCUCGAUCGCUAUGUAUCCAUCAAGCACCCAAUCUGGGUCAAAAACAUUCGGUCCCCAAGGAACAUCUUGAUAGUCUGCUGUUCCAUCUGGGCACUGGUGUGGAUAGGCACCAUCCCUAUCUACAAAUUUCAUGGAGAAGCAGACAACUCCACAUGCUUCCACAACAUGUCUGAUGGUGCCUGGGGUGUCCCAGCCAUUGUCCCCCUGGAGGUCUUUGGAUUCCUCCUUCCCAUGGCCACAGUCUGUUUCUGCUCCUUCUGCAGCAUCCACAUCCUACUGGGCAAGCAGGACCAGAGAAAUAUUUUGGCUGGGAAGCGGGCUCACAUCAUCCACUCCAUUGCUGCCAGCCUGGCUGUCUUUGUGGUCUCCUUCCUGCCUGUCCACCUAUGCAUCUUCCUACAGUUCCUGGUAAGGAAUGACUUCAUCCAAGACUGUGGCACCAAGCAAGGCAUCAGCUUUGCUCUGCAGCUGGCCUUCUGCCUCUCCAAUGUCAACUGUUGCCUGGAUGUGUUUUGCUACUACUUUGUCAGUAAGGAAUUUAGGGCAGGAAUUAUGACUCCCCACCCGCCUUUCAGAGUUCAGCUUUUUUGGAGAGUUCAGCUUUUGCAACAGGAGAGCAUGCCCACGGGCACAGAGGAUACAAAGGAAAAGCUCUAA